AUGAGUUCAACCGAGGCUCGCCAGCGCAAACCUCCCACCAAAGAAGCGACCGAGCUUCUAAAACACUCCACCAAGCCGCCCACAGAGCCUGGUUUGAAACAUGGAAUUGGAAUGCAAAUACUUCGAUCCAUGGCUCUGGCCACAUGGUUUAACAGCUGUAUUAUCCUCAUCUUCAUAACCCAACUUGCUGGUUGCCCGCUGUACCUGAUCAACAAAAGCUGGUACUACUCGUAUAUGGCGUACACAAAGCAAAACUUUGGGCUGGUGAUCACUGCACUCACGGAAUGGGGCAGCCCAACGCUGUUCCGGGUGAGUGGAGAUGCCAGUAUCCGAGGUCAAGUUCAUCUGUCAGAAGAUGGUAUGCUGCAGACCGAUUUCCCAGAGCGCCUGGUGAUGAUUGCCAAUCACCAGAUCUACACCGAUUGGAUAUACCUGUGGUGGUUUGCCUACACCAAUUCAAUGCAUGGCCGGAUCUUCAUUAUUCUCAAGGACUCCCUCAAGUGGAUCCCUAUUAUGGGUCAGGGGAUGAUGUUCUAUGGAUUCAUCUUCCUGGCACGGAAGUGGCUUUCAGACAAGGCCCGGAUCGAGUACCGCCUGCAAAAAUUGAAGACAAAGUAUAUGGGAGCCAAAUCCAAUGGGUCCCAGUAUGACCCCAUGUGGCUGCUGAUCUUCCCCGAAGGAACCAAUUUGUCCAUCAAUACCAAGCGACGAAGCGAUGCCUUUGGAGAGAAACAGGGAUUGUCUCCACUUAAUCAUCAAAUUCUGCCUCGGUCAACGGGCCUAUUCUUUUGUCUCCAACAGCUCCGAGGGACAGUAGAAUGGGUUUAUGACAGCACUAUCGCCUAUGAGGGCCCACCAAAUGGAGUCUACCCCGACAAGUUCUUUACUCUCCGGUCUACAUACAUGCAAGGACGCCCGCCGACCUCGGUCAACAUGCAUUGGCGACGGUUUGCUGUUGCAGAUAUUCCUUUGGAUGAUCAGCCAAAAUUUGAAGAAUGGUUGCAAGCCCGGUGGACCGAAAAAGAUCAGCUGCUGGAUCAAUAUUGGGAGACGGGUCGAUUCCCGUCUGAAUUGGCCGGCUCGAUCGACGCCAAAAACGCCACACCUGAACAGAAAAUAGCUGUCGAUGCUGGAUGGGCAAUCUUGCUUGAUCAUGAGCUGAAGACUUUGCUCGAUUUCUUUCAUUCUUUCAUCCCAGUCGCAACUUCAUCGGCAUCUCUUGCUCGUCAGCGCGCAGUCGCAACCAUGGCGUCCCUCGAAAACGGCCACACCAAUGGUUCUACGGAGACAAUGCCUCCUCCAAGCUCUUCGAAUACCCUUCGCUUUGCUGACAUUCCUGAUGCCAUCGAUAUCCCCGCCUCCAGCUUCGACAGCGAAGUCGAAGUUAGCCUCCUUGAUCUUCCCGAAGACCCUACCGAGCUAUGCACGCUGCUGGAAAACGAACGAGCAGCAAAGAACUUCUGGGUAAUCAUUGCGCUUGCCUACGCGAAGCGAAAGCAGCUCGACCAUGCCCUCGACAUUCUCAACAAGGGCCUGGCCUCUGUGGCUCAUGGAGCAACCAAAGAAAAGCUUGGGCUCCUGGGCUGGGUCUGCUGGCUUUUGAUGCUCAAGAGCCGACAGGCACCUCGUGUGGCGCCGGAGGGAGAGCUCUACUCGCAGGCAAAAACUAAGGACCACUACCUGCAGUUGGCAACAUCGACCCUGAACGAGGCAUCGCGUUUGAACCCGGCAUACCCACCUUUGUUCCUCGCUCGCGGUGUUUUGUGUCUUCUCCGUGCAUCACUAUACCCGCCUCGUGCUGUCCGCCCUGGCGCAAUUGAUACCUCCGAGAGGGUGGAAGCUCUGCGUCAAGCACUCAAAUGCUUCGACGAGUCAUCCAAGGCCUUUGGUGGCCGCAAUAUCAUGGCCAUUUUGGGACGUGCCCGGGCACACUACAUGCUAGGAAGAUACGCUGAAGCCCUGGAUGGGUACCAGAAAGUCCUCAUGAAGGUGCCAAACCUCACAGACCCAGAUCCUCGCAUUGGUUUGGGAUGCUGCUUAUGGCAGCUAGGGUUCAAGGAUCAAGCCAAGGUGGCAUGGGAAAGAUCAUUGGCUCUGAACCCCGAAUCCAAGGUUGCGAAUAUCCUGCUUGCAGUGUACCACCUAUACGACAGCUCUCGCCGAUCCACCACCGACCCUAUGUUCGGUUCCCUGUACAAGAUCGCCAUGACUCAGUACACCCAAAAAGCAUUCAAGCUUGACAAAGAAUACCCUAUGACCUGCGCUUUGUUCGGCAGCUACUUCCUUCUGCGAAAACAAUACCCGACGGUGGAGACUCUUGCUCGCAAGGCUAUCGAGCAGACUGAUGUCAUGCCAAUUGCCAGCGACGGCUGGUAUCUCCUCGGACGCAAAGCUCACUAUGAGAACGAUAACACACGAGCCACUGAAUAUUAUAACCGUUCUGAUCAGGCUCGCGGUGGUGGUGAUAAGGGCUACCUUCCGGCCAAGUUCGGCGCAGUGCAGAUGCAAGUCACAAACAAGGACUUUGAUGGCGCUAAGUUCCGCUUGGAGAAGAUUCUUCAGCAGUCUAAGAAUGUUGAGGCCAUGACACUUUUGGCAGCGAUCCAUGCGGAAGAGGUGUUUGCUGCUCAAAAGUCUGGCAGCAAAGAAGACAAAUCAACUGAGAUCAAACGUGCAAUCACCCUCUUGGAGUCUGUGCGAUCGAUGUGGAAGGAUGAGAAGCUAAACUUGACCCCCGACGAAUCGGUUCUGGUCUACCUUUCUCGACUGUAUGAGGGCACCUCCCCCGAAAAGAGCAUGCAGUGUCUUGUUCAGUUGGAGCAACUCCAGAUUGCCAGUAUUCCUGAGAGUGCUCGUCCGGAAGGAAUUGAAGAUGACGAAGAUAUGAAGAAUGCUCUCCGCGACAUGCUUCCCCCACAGCUGCUCAACAACAUGGGUGCAUUCUUGUAUCAAAACGAGAAAAUUGCAUUGGCCCGUGGCAUGUUCCAGUCGGCGCUCAACGCCUGUGUGCAAUCACAGGAGAGAGAAGACAAGGCUGACAAUGAUGCACUUGUUACUACUAUCAGCUACAAUUUGGGUCGUACUUACGAGGCGGCCGACAUGUGGGAUGAAGCCAAGAAGGUCUACGAGGGUCUUUUGGAGCGACACAGCGAUUACACAGAAGCCAGCGCUCGACUUACAUACAUCAGCUUGCGCCAGAGCCCCACUGACGAAGGGCCCAAGAAGAUGGCUAAGCUGUACGAGGUUGAGUCUUCGAACCUGGAGGUCCGCGCGCUCUUCGGCUGGUAUCUCAGCAAAUCCAAGAAGCGGGUUGCCAACCUUGCCGAGGAUCACGAGCAGCGCCAUUACAAGCACACUCUGCAGUACCACGACAAGCACGACCGGUACGCUUUGACUGGUAUGGGUAAUGUGCAUCUUCUCUCGGCUCGUGACAUGCGUCGUGAUUCUGAGCAGGAGAAGGAGAAACGCCGGAAGGUGUAUCAGCGUGCCGUGGAGUUCUUCGACAAGGCUCUGCAGCUGGAUCCUAAGAACGCCUAUGCUGCUCAAGGUAUCGCCAUUGCUCUCGUCGAUGACAAAAAGGAUCACAGCACUGCUGUGCAGAUCCUGUCCAAAAUUCGAGAAACCUUGAAGGACCCCAGCGUUUAUCUCAAUUUGGGACAUGUCUACGCCGAGCUCCGACAGUACUCACGGUCGAUUGAGAACUACGAAAUUGCUCUGUCCAAGGACCGCUCCCGCGACGUGCAGAUUCUGGCCUGUCUUGGUCGAGUCUGGUGGUUGAAGGGCAAGCAGGAGAUGAACCUCAUGGCUAUGAAGACUGCCCUUGACUACGCGCAACGAGCACAGGGUGUCUCCCCCGAUCAACUUCACUUGCAGUUCAAUGUGGCCUUUGUGCAAAACCAAAUUGCCUCAUUGGCUUACAGUCUCCAGGCUACCCAGAAGACCCUGCAGGAUGUGCAGGAGGCCGCUGAGGGUCUUAAGGAGGCCAUCGAGACCUUCGAGCGCAUCUCCAAGGAGAAGAACCCGCCUUAUCCCAGUGCUGCUCUGGAGCAACGUGCCAACAUGGGUCGCACGAUUAGCAAGCAGCUCGACCGUGCCAUGCAGAGCCAGAAGGAGUACGAAGAGAAGAACGCCGCGAAACUUCAGCAAGCUCGUGAGGCCCGUGAAGCCGCAGCUAAGGAGCGCGAGGAGGCACUCCGCAAGGCCCAGGAGAUUGAGGCUGAGCGGAAGCGCAAGAUUGCUGAAGAGCGUCAGGGCAUGGUUGAACAGGCUGAGCGACAGGCUCUCCAGCGUGCAGAAGCAGAACGCGCUCGCGAAGAGGCCGAGCUUACUGAUGAUUCGGUGACCGGCGAGAAGGUCAAGCGCAAGAAGAAGCCCACCACGAAGCGCAAGAAGAAGGGUGGUGACGACUUCAUCGCUGCCGAGGAUGAGAAUGAUCAGGAGCACAGUGGCGCUGAGCCCGAGAGCGAGGGCGAAAACGCCGCCCCUAAGAAGCGCCGUCGGUUGGAACGCCGCUCUGGUGCGAAGGCCCAAAGCAGCAAGGCCCAAAGCAAGUUCAAGAGCAAUGAGAGGGUGGAAGACUCGGACGACGAUGAACAAGAAGACGCUCCGGCUACUCCUGGUGAAGAACAGGGAGAUCAAGAUCUCUUCGGCGAUGAUGACGAGCCAAUGCAGGAUGAAGAGACCGCCGCACCCCGUCGCCGCGACCGAGUCUCUCGCCGCAUCGCUGAUGACGAUGACGACGACGAGGAGGAGCAAGAAGAACCGGCGCCACAGCAGACCGUCGACGCGGACGACGAUAACGAGGAACUGUUUGGUGAUGUGGAUUUGCCCAAGCCGACCGAAGAUGAAGAGAUGGAGGACUGA